AUACCUAUUAAGGACUGAAAUUUCAUGGGCCUAAUGAGCUUCGUCAAGGGUGAACUCGACAAACGAGACGCCCGAGUCUCCGCAAUUUCAAUCUGGUUUGGAGUCGUUCCAACUUCGAAGGUUCGACUAUCACCGCCAUCAUCUCUCCCUCCCUCUUUUGUCGGAACGAGAUAUCCUAUUAUUUGUUCAUCGAAGACGACGAACAAUUUCGUGAACCAAUGGUAAAAACCAGACAACAAAAAUCCAAAUCCAAACCCAAACCCAAGAAACAACAUCCCCAUGUAAAAAAGCAGGGAAAGCAGACAGAUAUUUCUCAGUUUUGUGCCCAACUUGAUGCAUUGGGCCUAAAAAUCAUCCAAGUGACUGCAGAUGGUAAUUGUUUCUUCAGUUAGCAGGGCUCUUGCUGAUCAGUUGGAAGGUGAUGAGGAGGAACAUGGAAAAUAUCGCAGCAUGGUGGUGCAAUAUAUAGUGAAGAACCGUGAAAUGUUUGAACCAUUUAUUGAGGACGAUGUCCCAUUUGAUGAAUACUGUCAGUCCAUGGAAAAGGAUGGUACAUGGGCUGGACAUAUGGAACUUCAGGCUGCUUCCCUUGUUACUCGCAGAAAUAUAUGCAUACACCGGAACAUGUCACCUCGCUGGUACAUAAAGAAUUUUGACAACCAUCGGGCUCGCAUGGUCCAUUUAUCAUAUCAUGAUGAGGAGCACUACAAUAGUGUAAGAUUAAAGGAGGACCCUUGUAAUGGGCCAGCAAUGCCAAUUAUAAUUAAGGUGGAUGCUGAUAUCUCAACAUCAUCUAAUCAAGCAAAAGCUGCUGUUAUUAAGCCAAAGGGGGCAGCUGGUAAGGACAGUAUCAACACAGGAUCAAUCAAAUUGGUAAUGGCUGGAAGUGGUUGUGAAAGUGCUGAAAAAGUUGAAGAGAUUUUGCUACAAGUAGAUGGUGAUGUUGAUGCUGCUACGGAGUUCCUGUUAGCAGAACAAGGAACUGAAGAAUACACAGCUGCUAAUGAUUCAGUUACAUGUCAUGCAGAUGGUUCUUAUGGAUAUCCAGGUAAUGGUGAACAUGCAAACAGUGAACACAAGGAAGAACCUGCAAAGAAGACAUUUGAACAGGAUCGAUCCUGUGAUAGCAUUAAAACCCUUGGUGAUGGCAGUUCUCGGUCAGAUGAAAAGAAGAUCGCAAGAAACCAGCCAUGCCCUUGUGGGUCAAAGAAAAAAUACAAGGCUUGUUGUGGAUCAGUCAUGGGGAGGCCCUCGACUAAGCUUAUAGUGAACCAAACAACAGAUGCUAGAAAGGGUAGAAAGGAGUGGAAACAAGGCAAGACGGGAGCAUCUGCUAAAGCUGCAGCAUCCUCUGGAUCUGAUGGAGGGCCGCCUGAUAUGGGUGCAUUGUGCAUAUGAUCUUGUUAUCAUGUCUACUUUGUGCCAUAGACUUGAUCUUGUACGCACAUGCUUCCAAUUUGCUUACAACUGUCAGACAAGGACUUCUGCUGGCAGCCUCUGCAAAAUGAAUCUUUGUACUCAAGUAAUGACCUCAGUUUGAUGCUCAUUCUUUAUUCUCAUGAUUCUUUAUCACAUCAAAAUGUUAGCAGGACAAACAGCUUCUGAUUUUCAACUCUAGUUUUAUUUUGAGAUUCCUUGUAAACAGCACCACGGUUUUUCUUUUGGCAAAAACUGAGAUUAUACAACACAGAAUGAUGAUGAUGAAAAGAGAAGGAAUAGAAAUGGUAAACAUUUUUGUUUAAAUAUAUUUCAAUAUUGUUUAAAAUUUGAUUAAGCUUUUCAAAAUACGAGGCUUUGGCAAUUUCGAGUGUCAAUGGCAAACCCCAUGGUGAUGAGAAACAUUCGCUUCUUGUAGAAGCAUUGAAGCUUUUCAAUCUGAGGGAGACUUCUUUUGAGCUGAAAGCCCGCUAAUUUGUUGGAAACCAGAAAAGGGAAAAAUGACGCUUCAAACUUAAAAGAUAAUUUGUUGGAUAUGCUUAAAUCUUUCAUUUCUUCAAAGUUGCAUGAAUUGAGACAAACUAAGUCCAUUUCUCGUGCCAACUUGGCCUGUCACUUGGGUCUUACAGGGCUUUGAGGAAACUUGUUCAUGGA